AUGGUUUUAAAGGCGGAAGACAGCAAGAGCUCAAGUGCCACCGUUCCCUCCAACGUCCCCUCCAACAUUGCCUCCAGCAUUCCCUCGUGCAGGUCCCUGUCAUCCGCCGAGGACGGCCCCAGCGGCCAUUGCAGUCUCCCAGCUGGGGAGCUGGCCCGGAACUUACAGGACAGUGUCAGGCACCGCAUCCUCUACCUCUCCGAGCAGCUGAGAGUGGAGAAGGCCAGCCGGGAUGAGAACACCAUGGGCUACCUCAAGCUGGUGUCCAAAGCCGACCGGCACCAGGCCCCCCACAUCCGGCAGGCCUUUGAGAGGGUGAACCAGCGCGCCUCUGCCACCAUUGCCCAGAUCGAGCGAAGGCUCCGCCAUUGCCACCAGCAGCUGCAGGAGCUGCAGGAAGGCCGCAGGCCCAGGAGCUUCACGCUGAAGGCAAAGAGCAGCCUGGACGAGUGCAAGCAGCCCAGCGAGAAGACCCCGUUUUCUGAGCCUCCCAAGCCGAGCAGGGCAGACGGCCUGUCCACCAAGCUAUCUGACGUUGUCAGACACGUGCCCCUGGAGAGUCACUUCCCAGCCUUGCAGCCAGGGAAGUCCUCCAAGACAAAGUGUGGGGCCCAGCGGCGCAACUUGUUGUUGCAGAAGAUGAAGGAAGACCUGAAGGCAGCCAGGGAGCUCCACCUCAGCCUCCAGGUGUCCUAUCAGAGCCUGAAGGAGAAGCAUGGGACGGACCUGCAGGCGUCUCUAGUGUCCCUUCGGGAAGAGAAAUGCAGACAAGCGCUGCUGGAGGAGCAGGUGGACCAGCACCUGCAGGGACGCCUGGAUGAGAUCUACCGCCUCAGGCAGAGCCUGGCGAGCGCAGAGGAGAAAAUGGCCUAUCUGUCCUACGAGAGAGCCAAGGAGAUAUGGGAGGUCAUGGAGACUUUCAAGAACCGCAUAUCUAAGCUUGAAACACUACAGCGAGCCACACAAGUGGAGACGCCAGAGAGCUCCAGGACCCGCCCCCAGAGGUUCGCGUCCCGACGCGCGAGCCUGCUCCUCACGCUGGCCGCCGCCUUCCUGGUCUUCGUCUCCACUGUGUGCGCCUGUCCCCUGCCACUGGUGACCUCUCGCCUGCGCACGUGCACCACACUCAUGCUCAUCGGUCUUGGGGCCCUGGCCUGGCAGAAGCGGCACGUGCUCCCUGCCGCAGACUGGCAGGCCUGGGUCCCCUCCAGAUGGAGACCGUCUUCCAAGGACUCCAAGCCUCUAUCAGAUGGGACUUAA